CCCCGGUGUGCGGGUGAGAGCGCCGGCUCGGGACGCCCGAUCCUGAGCGCCUGGAGAGGGAUGAGGUCAGGUUUCAGCCUCACCCCCGAAGUAAAAGCCGAGCCAGUCCUUUCACGAGAAAGGCGGGGGUGGAGGAGCGGAGGCCAGAGCGAGCCGUCACUAGUGAAACGCAGAUCUCGCCAGAGACCUGAGCGGGAAGGAGAGACGCACGGGAGACAGCCUCGGGGCUGUCCGCCAUGGCUUUCCUCGCUGGGGAAAGCCUCGAGCAGGCUCGGGCGGGAGCCGAGGCCGGGCCUCGAUGGGUCUCCUCGCGCGGCCAACCGCCGCCGCGCAGCCCGCGGCCGGCAACACGCGAGAAGCUUCUUCUACCUCUCGGAGAAGCUCUUCACCAGCAGCCACACGAUGAGCGGCAGGUUCUCGCGCUCGUUGUAGGUGGGCAGAAGGACCGAAUACUUGUCCUGUCGCGAGGAGCGGGCCUGCGGCGGCCGCUGAGACGCAGCACCGCGGCGACUCGCCCCCAUGGAGGCCAUGACGGGUCUGCGCGAAGCACCGGAAGCGGAAGUGCGUCACCCGGCGUGGAGCGUACCAAAUUCCGGGGCCGGAGGGAGUCUUGGCUCGCCUAGGCCUCAGUGUGGGUCCCUGGAAAGACUCCGAUUCUUCGACUAUUUCAAGUCGCCUCCGAAGGGCUCUUCCGGAAACACCUAUUCGUUUUAUUUCCUCAGGCUCUAGGAAGCGUCUUAGUCUUCCCGUAGCUAAGAGAUGGGUAACCGGAAACGGAAGUCACUUCCCGGCUACUUCCGGAAGAGACUGUCAUGGCCGCCCAGGAGGACGUAGCGGCGUUACAGGAUGAAAUUGCCCGGCGCGAGGAAGAGCUGGCUUCGUUGAAGCGGAGGCUGACUGCAGCCCUGGCGUCUGCGCCGGAGCCCGAGCAUCCGGUUCCGUUGCCACCGCUGCUGCCCAAGGCCGAGUUGUCGCGGGCCGAGAUCCUCCGCUACAGCCGGCAGCUACUGCUGCCGGAGCUGGGCGUGCGUGGUCAGCUGCGCCUGGCGUCGGCUUCGGUGCUGGUGGUGGGCUGCGGCGGGCUGGGUUGCCCGCUGGCACAGUACCUGGCGGCGGCCGGCGUGGGCCGCCUGGGGCUGGUGGACCACGACGUGGUGGAGACGAGCAACCUGGCGCGCCAGGUUCUGCACGAUGAGGCGCGGGCCGGCCAGGCCAAAGCUCGCUCGGCAGCCGCCGCGCUGCGCCGCCUCAACCCGGCCGUGGAGUGCGUGGCGUACGCGCGCGCGCUCAGCGAGGCCUGGGCGCUCGAGCUGGUCCGCGCCUACGACGUGGUGGCCGACUGCUCGGACAACGUGCCCACGCGCUACCUGGUGAACGACGCGUGCGUGCUGGCCGGCCGGCCGCUGGUGUCGGCCAGCGCGCUGCGCUUCGAGGGCCAGCUGACAGUCUACCACUGCGACGGCGGGCCCUGCUACCGCUGCGUCUUCCCGCGGCCGCCCCCGGCCGACACGGUGACCAACUGCGCCGACGGCGGCGUCCUCGGCGUGGUGCCCGGCGUGCUGGGCUGCGUGCAGGCGCUGGAGGUGCUCAAGAUCGCCGCCGGGCUCGGGCCGUCCUACAGCGGCAGCCUGCUGCUCUUCGACGGCCUCGGCGGCCACUUCCGCCGGAUCCGGCUGCGGCGUCGCCGGCCCGACUGCGCCGUGUGCGGGCAGCAACCCACCGUGACCCGCCUGCAGGACUACGAGACCUUCUGCGGCUCCUCGGCCACCGACAAGUGCCGGGUCUUGAAGCUCCUGGGCCCCGAGGAGCGGAUUUCCGUGACCGAUUACAAGCGGCUUCUGGAUUCCGGAGCGCCCCACCUGUUGCUGGACGUCCGGCCUCAAGUGGAGGUGGACAUCUGUCGUCUGCCGCACGCCCUCCACAUCCCUUUGAAUAAGCUGGACCGGAGGGAUGCGGACAGCCUGAAGCUCUUAGGGGAUGCCCUCCGGGAAGGGAAGCGAAACUCGCAGGAAGGGACGGCUCUCUCUGUGUAUGUGAUCUGCAAACUGGGAAACGACUCUCAAAAAGCCGUGAGGGUCCUGCAGUCCUUAACGGCAGUGCCAGAGCUAGACUCUUUAACCGUUCAGGAUAUUGUAGGGGGACUCAUGGCCUGGGCCGCCAAAAUUGAUGAGUCGUUUCCACAGUACUGAGGGGGGCCGCAUGCAGAUCACAUGGAUGGUUGUGAUACCUUGAGGAUCUUCAGUCACGUAGGGAAGAGCCUGGGUCCAUGGCCUCUGAACAAAUAGACUCUUGCAAGGAGGUUUUUGAGAAAGCAGGCUAAAAUUGAGAGCUGCCUUGUGUCUGGAGCCCUUGUAACAGUGUGUCUUCAGCAUAUAGCAUGGGAUGUGACAGAGUUUUUGUUUCCUCUCUGUUGCAAUCAAAAUGAGCUCUGGGCCAUCCAUUUUAUACCUAGACUUAGGACACAGUUUUACUUCCUCUGAGUCUAAUCGGAUUACUCGCAGAUGGUACACUUGCAUUCAGCCCACUAAGGUAUUCUUUGGGAGGCUGGAGAAGUGACUUAGCACUGGCUGCCCCUUCCCAUAGGGGAUCACUCGUGUGCUGGCUCACAACUGUCUGUAGCUCCAGUCCCAUGAGGUCAGAUGUCUCCUUACCUCCUCCGGCACCAGGCAGGAUCUUGGUGCAUAGGCAUAAACGCAGGCAAAAACACUCAUAACGUUUUAAAAAUCUAAAGAAAAUGCUUAUAAAAGAUAUUUGAGUCUUAUUUCUAAUUAAAAUGAUAGGUUAUACACUGUAGACAUAGAUAACUACAGAGUGUUUCCAUUAUCUGGAAAUUGGUCAUUCUAGAACCUGCUAUGAAUAUCAGAGUGCAAUCUUGAUAGCAAAAUAAAGGAAACUGAUUUGUGGACCAUCAGCUUCCCUUAGAAGUUGCUAGCAUUUUUCUUGUACUUAGCUUCUGUGUCCACCGUAAUGCGCUACACAUGAGACAUUUGCUUAA